AUGAAAACCGAGUUCAUGUUGGCCAGCUGUGCUUCCAUGUGCAAAAGACACAAAAGAUGCGCUUCAUUUUUCCACAAUUCAGAAACCAGAUCCUGUCAAGCUCAUUCGUGGACAUACAGAAGCAAGGACUACAUGAAUCCUCGGGCAGGGUUCAAGUACUACGUGCAGUACACCAAGGGCACUGGUCUCCGUGACUGCAGUGAAAUUCAAGUCAACAUCUCCUCAGCGGCCGAUGACACCUACACCAUCACUCCACCUGACGGGCAAAGUCCGAUCCUAGCUCACUGCGAUCUGACCCACAAUGGUGGUGGAUGGACGAACACUAUGCCCUUCAUAUCUCGGGCUUUAGCGGCGACACAGGUAGCAGAUGCCUUGCAGAACACUAUGCCUUACAUGUUUCGGACUUCAGCAGCGCCACAGGUAAGCUGUAGCGUUGCAGAACACUAUGCCCUUCAUAUCUCGGGCUUCAGCGGCGACACAGGUAGCAGUAGCCUUGCAGAACACUAUGCCUUACUUAUCUCUGUCUUCAGCGGCGCCACAGGCAACUCAAUGGCUCUACACAAUGGCCAGGCAUUUUCAACCCGUGAUCGUGACCUUGAUCGGAACACUUAUGGUUCUUGUGCACAAAAAUAUCUAGGAGGAUGGUGGUACGAGAACUGUCACUUGUCGAAUCUGAAUGGCGAAUACAACAACACACGCUUUGUCAAAGGGAUCAACUGGGAGAGCUGGCGCGGUAACUUCUACUCUUUGCAAACGUCAGUGAUGAAAGUACGACCUGUUUUGUAA